AGUCGCGAGUGUUACGACCGUUUCGCGCGACGUCAUUUAUACGUUGAUUGUGUGACUAUAGAUGUUAUUUUUUGCCCGUUUUCUCGAAAAACGAAUUGAACUGCGAAAGACGACGCCCGCCCGACAGACGAACUGAACACGAAACGCGAGCCGCCCGUGGACAUUCCGCCGUUGGAUUUGGUUUAAUAAAAGUUUUUCCAUUGGAUUCUGCUUUUUGUAACUCUUCGUUGAUAGAGUGUUAUCAACCAAAGAAAAAGACAUUAUUUUCAUAAGUGAAAUAAGUUUUCUAUGAUUUAACUUACAUUUUUAUAAAGACAAAAGUGAAUACUUCAUGGUAUUUUUAUUAAAUGUUGGUUAUUUUUUUAUUUGUUGUACAUAAUAAAGUUUAAGUAGACACGUUUUAGUGUUAAAAAGUGAUUGUUUUAUCAUAAAUUUAAACAAUUUUUUUUUGUGUACACACGUUGGUUCUUUAGAACCUCAAAAAAGUUUAGAUGCUUGCUGCAAAUCACAAUAACUCAGGGAUUAACCUCAAUAUGCCCAGCAAACAGUUAAACAGAAUUAGCUUCGAAGGAAUAGAUGAUGCAGGUUGGAAGGCCAAACUUAAACUUCCUCCUCAAGACCACAGGAUUAAAACAAGUGAUGUUACUUCAACCAAAGGAAAUGACUUUGAAGAAUUCUGUUUAAAACGUGAAUUAUUAAUGGGUAUAUUUGAAAAAGGUUGGGAAAAACCUAGUCCUAUUCAAGAAGCAAGUAUUCCUAUAGCACUUUCUGGCAAAGAUAUAUUGGCAAGAGCAAAAAAUGGCACAGGAAAAACUGGGGCUUAUUCUAUACCUGUACUUGAACAAGUGGACCCAAAAUUAGAUGUUAUACAAGCACUUGUGAUUGUGCCUACAAGAGAAUUAGCAUUACAAACUAGUCAAAUAUGUAUUGAGCUUGCAAAGCACUUGGACAUUAGGGUCAUGGUGACUACUGGUGGUACUAAUCUUAAGGAUGAUAUUCUUCGUAUUUACCAAAGAGUGCAUGUUAUAAUUGCCACUCCUGGAAGGAUAUUGGAUCUCCUAGAUAAAAGUAUAGCCAAAGUUGAUAAUUGUCGGAUUUUAGUUUUAGAUGAGGCAGAUAAACUUUUGUCACAAGAUUUUAAAGGUAUGUUAGAUCAUAUUAUUUCAAGGUUACCAGCUGAGAGGCAAAUCCUCUUAUACUCUGCCACAUUCCCUCUGACUGUCAAACAGUUUAUGGAUAAACACUUACAUAGUCCAUAUGAAAUAAACUUAAUGGAAGAGUUAACCUUGAAAGGAGUUACUCAAUAUUAUGCAUUUGUUCAAGAAAAACAAAAGGUUCAUUGUUUGAACACUUUGUUCUCAAAGCUUCAAAUAAACCAAAGUAUAAUAUUUUGUAAUUCAACACAACGUGUAGAGUUACUUGCUAAAAAAAUUACUGAUCUCGGCUAUUGUUGUUAUUACAUUCAUGCUAAAAUGGCCCAAGCACAUCGUAAUCGUGUAUUCCAUGAUUUUAGAAAAGGAUCUUGCCGCAAUCUUGUUUGUUCUGAUUUAUUUACAAGAGGUAUUGAUGUACAAGCUGUAAAUGUUGUGAUAAACUUUGAUUUUCCCAAAAUGGCAGAGACGUAUUUGCAUCGUAUUGGUAGGUCAGGCAGAUUUGGACAUCUUGGUAUAGCCAUCAAUCUUAUCACCUAUGACGACCGAUUUGCAUUGCACCGUAUUGAACAAGAAUUAGGCACGGAAAUAAAACCCAUACCUAAAGUAAUUGAUCCAAGGUUGUAUGUUGCACGACCAGAAGAUGUAGAUAUUAAUGAAGAAAUGGACCUUAGUAAAUGAAAAAUCUUCCUUCCCUAACUAUUGUAAAUAUUUGUAUCUAUAACAAACUCAAUACCUAAAACCUAAAUACUUAACUUUAAGACACAAA